AGUUCCCUUUUAAUAUUAUUUUCCGUAAUUCAGUGUUUUAGAAUUGAAGUCUACUUCAGAGAAUUGAAGUCUACUUCACUUCAAUGUUAUUAACAAUGUUAUAAAAACUGCAGUCUACUUCAAAAUCAUGUAAGUAGUAAAUUGUUGUAAAUGAAUGCGUUUUUUUAAAUUUAUACUGUUAUAGAAAAGUAUAUUAAUAAGAUAGUUAUAAGUUGUAGAUAAUAUACUAAUACUAUACUUUCAAUAGCUUUUUUUUUAAGUGUCUAAGACUAACUGCUAGUCACAUUUAAACACCAUAUGACAUAUGAUCAUAUGAUAAUUAGGCCUACAUUAAAUAAAAGUCACACAGACAAGUACAGUCACACACCACACUGGUCAGUGUCCUCUGACAGACUACAGGCAGUAGGUAUUCACUUUGGCAUCUUGGACAUCCCCAUCACAGGGAAUACUUCAUUUACUAGUGUCUUAUAAGCACACUACUAAGUAUUUAGUUAUAGUUUAAUGUUAUCCUCCCAUUGGCACUAGUCCUAGCCCUAGCCCUAGAAAAGUUGCACACGAAACCUCAAGAGACAACUAUUUCCUUUGAGUUUGAGUUAGUCAUUAGUGUGUUCUGAGUGUGCAGAGUUUCUGCUCUUUUCAGUUCCCAGUUGAAUAUUCAACACUGUUGACAGUUGAAUAUAAAAAUUAUAGCAUGCUUGACAUCAUUAUUAGGAAGUUAGUAGAGUAUUUAGCUUUUCUGAGUUCAGUCAGAUACUGAGUUGCAAUUAUACUCAAACCAGUAUAAUAUAUACUAUGAGUUUUCAACAAAUAAUAUUAUCUCCUGGAUUUGGUGAACAUAAUUAUUGAGACCCAUGAAUCUAUGAUCAUCACAUGCUGUAUUUUCUUGUUCAAAUAAAAACAUUUCUUAUAUUCAAGUAUGGAAACAUCUUUCAGAAGUGUACCAAGUGAAUUAAGAAGAUCUCAUUUUUGCACAAAUAUUUUUUUGGGGUCCAGAUUAAGAUGCAGCCAGUCCAAGACUCAGAGCCAUUACCUUGGCCCUGAUAUAUUUAAGGAGCUCCAUAUAUUUAAGGGACCCAAAGUUAGCAAUUAAAAUUCAUCUUAAAUCUAAAAAAUCAUGCGAAAUCUCUACUAAGACUUAACUUAAAUUUUAUUUGCUUACUUAAGUUAAGUGAAUUACAUUUAACCUCAGUAUGAAACAACUUUAGUUUAAUAAGUCAAGAAAAUGUCAGUGACUUCCAUCUAGUUGUUAGUAAUCCACAGCAGAAAGUAAUGGCCAAGUGAAUUACACCAUUUAAUGCUAAACAAGUCACAUCAUUACUGAGAUGGGGGUAAUAAAAAUGUAAAAAAAUAACCAAAAGUGAGCACUAACUUAGUUAAGCCAUGCAUAAUUAAGCAUUUUUUUUAUUGCAAUGUCAGUUACUAUUAAGGCUAAAAUAGGAGUAAUCAAGGUAUGUGUGAUUGCAAGAGCUCACAAAAUAGUAUUAUUAUAUAGUAAUUGAAAUGAAGUAAACUGCUCUUCAGAAUGGGAUCUGCUGCUAGCACAUCAGUGGCCUCAGCUUCAACAAAACAACCUACUCAGUUGUCAGCAAGGAAUAUAAAGUACAGUCAGUCUAAGAAUUGUAAGUUGAAUAACAAUAUUUUUAAAAUUAUUUUGGUGAUUACAUGUAACAUAAAUAAUUAAUAGUUUGCAAUUGAUCCUUAAGAUCAAGGAUAUUUAUUGUGCUGAUAUUUCAUUUAUUGGUAAAUAAAAUAUGGCAAUGUUAUUUUCUCUUGAUAAGACAAUGCUUUAUUUAGCAUUUAUGUUUUAAAUGAACAAAAUUGGAGAGUACAGAGAAACAAUUUCAUCCCACCAAGUUGUCUGUCUUCCAUUUUCAGGGGAUGGGUGUUUUCUCAUACUUUUCCUACUCCCUAAGAAUAACAAUGCUGCUACGCUAAAAAUUCCAUUCCACUCAGCCAUUUGCCCAUAGUUUGGUGACUCCCUAGAUGCAGAUGCACUUCCAUUGCAAUAAACAUUUUACUUACUUAUAUUUAUUUAUGUUAAAUACAAGUAGCAGAAGCAUUAAAAAAAUGUUUCAAUUACUGUACAGUUUUGGUAGCAUUGAUGCUCUAGGUUAGUGGUUUUCAAUGUGAGUGUUAUGGUGGACUAGCGGACUGGCGUGUACCGAUAGCCAGCCAGGGAAACAGCGCCCAUGCCCAGAGAGACUGGACAGAGUGUGUGUGUUUAUGAACUGUGUUCCGGGCGCAAGCAGAAAGUCAACACCUGAUUGAGAACUUGUAUUUAUGAAUGUAUAUGUUUAUGUUACUUGUUUGAAAUAAAAACAAUGAAAACAUAACAAAAUGGUGGCCAGUAUAAACAUAACAGUGUGGUACCGACAAGCGUCAACAACACAGUAUGAUGGUCAGUAUUAACUCAAUACAAAACUCAGUACAACCGAAUGGUAGUUUGAUACGCACAAGUGAGUUCACGGGACAUUCGGUAGUUUGAUACGCACAAGUGAGUUCACGGGACGGAGGAGGUAAAUACACAAUGGAGUCAAAUCUGACCCAAGCUGACAUUAUCCAAAAGCUCAUACAGCAGAGCGAGCUACUUUUGAAACUAGCAACAGGUAAUAUGGCUACUAAUAUGAAGUUUACACAUUUCAAUAGUAACGAGGAAACGUUCACAGACUACUACGCUAGAUAUGUGACCUUCGUGUUGGCAAAUAAUGUGCUAAAGGAAAGGCAGGCACAUAUUUUUUUAACAAGCCAGACGCCAGAGCUGCAUAAAAUGUUAUCAACCAUCGUACAACAAAAAGAACCACCACAAACAUUUUAAAUGACUUGAACAUUGAAGAAAUAUAUAGAAUAAUGAUGGACCCCACCAAAUUUGUAAUCAGGGAAAGGUUCAAAUUUUGGUCUGAUUCUAGUAGAAAACCAGGGGAAACAAUCAAAGAAUUGGCAGCUAGGAUCAGACAGGAUGCAGCGACUUGUGAGUUUAGUAAUAUCAAAAAUCCUCUAGAUGAAGCUUUACGAACAAGAUUCAUGUGCUCUGUAAAGAAUGAGGCCGCAUUAAAAAUUUUGUUUCGGAUGAAGGACACUGAACUGUCAUUCAACAAGGCAGUAGAAAUAGCUGUUGAAACUGAGGAGGCAGCUAAAUGUGCCAAAGAAACAGUCCAUGAAGAAACUCCUAUCAAUAAAAUUCAGUCACAAAGAAAGAAGCAACAUCAGACAGCAGAGAAAUUUUCUCCACCUCAAAGACAGGAUUUUCCGAGUUGAACUUGUGGCAGGUGUGGAGUAAGAGGCCAUAAAGGAAAUGUCUGCAGCAGGUACAAAGACGUGAUCUGCCGCUUUUGCAUGAGAGAGGACAUCUAGAAAAUGUUUGUCUAAAUAAGAAAGAGAAUGCUCCAAAACAGAAACCGAUUCAUCUAAAAAGAAUAAGAAGGCAAAACCAAAUUAAAACUAUCCCGCCCAUUAUUCAAGAACUCAUUUUAGAAGAAAAGAGGUUUGCAUUUGAAAUUGACACUGGAGCCGGAGAAAAUUUUAUGUCUGAAUCUGUUUGGCAAAAGCUGGGACAACCCACAUUGAGCCCAGUAUCAGUGAAGUACGAGUCAGCGAAUGGUGAGGUACAUAAUGUUUUGGGAAGUGUGCAGAUUCAGGACCUACUUAAUGUUUUGGGAAGUGUGCAGAUUCAGGCUGAGGCAGGCGAAAUAACUACAAAUCUGUCAUUUGUAGUAGUGAAAAACCACAGCUUAAACUUGUUGGGCAGAACUGCAAUAAAGAACCUCAAGAUUUCGAUAGACACAAUGUUUCAAACAAGGACAAAUCACAUUGCUAAUCAAAGCUCAUUGAUUAAAGCUCGUGAACAAAUCCAUAAAUCAACUGAACAUUGCAAUGCGGAUACUCUUAGUUGUCUACCCUCAGGGCCUGAUGACAUUUUUGAUGUUGAAGAAAGUGAAGUAGACAUGGAUUCUGUAUGUAUGAUCAAACAAAUCAGUUUACAGAUCAGACCAACAGACCCAGGAGUCCUUGCGAAAGAGUCACUUAAAGAUUCUACUAUGUCUACAGUAAUGAGAUAUUGUCAAGAGGGUUGGCCGUCCUCUACAAACAAAGAACACUUGAACAAGGAGGCAGCUAAUAUAGCAGCUUUUAAAAAUAUUCAAGACUCUCUCUCCGUGGAAUCGAAUUGUCUAUUUUAUGGUUCAAGAAUUGUGGUACCAAAAAUGCUACAAGCUCAAGUUCUCCAAAUCCUGCAUACAGGACAUUUUGGAAUCGAGCGGAUGAAACAGUUAGCAAGAUCAUCUGUAUAUUGGCCCGGACUUGAUACUCAAAUCAUGGAGAUAGGUCGAACAUGCCAAGCAUGUGCAGAACACGCCAAAGACCCAAACAAAGCAAGUAUCCACCCAUGGAUGUUGCCAGAAAAACCAUGGAGUCGAGUGCAUAUCGACCAUGCUAUUAACUUUCAGGGAUCAUAUUGGCUGGUGGUGAUAGAUGCUUAUUCAAAGUACCCGUGAAUCCACAGGACAACAUCUACAUCGACCAAAGCCACCAUUGAUCUUCUGGAGGAAGAUUUUGCUCAUUUCGGCUAUCCACACACCAUAGUCAGUUACAAUGCUACUAGCUUCAUCUCAGAAGAAUUUCAGCAUUGGUGUAAGGAGAGGGGUAUUGUACAUCUUACAGGUGCUCCCUACUAUCCUGCUACGAAUGGAGCUGCAGAACGACUGAUUCAAAGUUUCAAGAUAUCACUAAAGAAAUCCUUAUUACCUUUAAAGGAAUCUCUACAAGACUUUCUGCGUCAGUAACGUAGGACACCAUUGGCAAGUGGAUUAUCACCUGGCCAACUGCUGAACAAUCAGCAAAUAAGAACACUUAUUGAUACUCUAGUUCACUCAACUGCUCAUCGAGCACAGGGACAGCAUCUUAAAGAAAUAGCCAUCCGCAAUGGGACAAACAGAAGUCCUAGUCGAUCAUUUAACCGGGGAGAUCUAUGUUACGUCAGAGUAUAUGGAACAGCAACAGACUCUAAACCAUGAUGGGUUUCCUGUACAAUCAUCCAAGUUAUGCGUCCACAUCUUUUCAAGGUGAAGAUUUAUCCGAAUGGUCCCACAUGGAAGAGACAUUUAGACCAACUUUGCCCCAGGUAUGAAGCAGAAAAAGAUUCAGAACCAGCUUUGGACAUAAUAACAGGAAGUCUUUAUCCAACAGCUCAGGCAGCUCUGAGUCAUCAACCGUCUACACAUCCAGCAACUUCAAGUCCACCUAAGAAGAAGAUUAACCCUCGACAUCCAGGACCUUCAGACUAUGUCAUACCCAGGAGAUCUCAAAGACAAUUUCAAGCACCAUUGGUACUGGACUUGUAAUUGUUCGGGGAGGUGUUAUGGUGGACUAGCGGACUGGCCCGUACUGAUAGCCAACCAAGGAAACAGCGCGCAUGCACAGAGAGACCGGACAGAGUGUGUGUGUUUAUGAACCGUGUUCCGGACGCAAGAAUAAAGUCAACACCUGAUUGAGAACUUGUAUUUAUGUACUUAAUAAAAACAAUGAAAACAUAACAGUGAGUAAAAACGCCCUGAGGGGCGGUGGGGUUGCUCAGGAGUGCGGUGAAAGGCUUGGGAGAUUUUAAGGGUGCUGGAACUCUCAAAGAGGGCAUUAGGGAAUAAUAAUCCUGGAAAUAAUUAUUUUUUCAAAUUAAAAUUAAAAAUUUAAAAGGAAGAUUAAGACCUAUAUUUUUUUUGUCAUUGUCAGUAAGAAGGAAGAGUCUAUGACGGAAACAAAAUUCUCCACACAACGGAUCUUUGAUCUGUUGUUUAAACAGAUAUACAAGUUGUGAUUGCUUAUCCCAACAGAUGAAUGUUUAGAUCAAGACAACACAAUAGUUGUAUUUCUUAUUUUUGUACAGUUCUUUCGAUUCAAGAAAAUCUCAUUAAAAGCAUACGAUUUUUAUAGAGCGCCAACUAUGAAUGGGUUUACCCUCCAUUGCUGCUCGUUUGAGAAAUUUGUUUAAAUUUAUUUUUAAAUUUUAUUAUUUUUUUGUGUCAUUCAUCCCCAACAUCUAGUUGCAAAAAUGUCAGUGACAUUCUUUACUGCCUUGAAUUAAAUUUAGCCCACAUUCACAAUCAUUGACUAUUCCUGGUGCUCCCUGUUGAGAAAGAUGCAGUAUAUUCUGCUUCAUAUUAUCAUUCAUUGAGACUAAUGAUCCUCACCACACACCACAUUGCUUAUACCAAGGGUUUUGCCUUAGUAGAACAUUUAUUAUCAUAUGCCGCACCAUGCAAUGCUCAGUGUACAUUCUAAUCAUUAUAUUUUGUGUCUCUAUAACUAUAAGAUUGUUCAAGUGCAGUUUAACCGCUUUUUCACAAGGAGAUAUCAUGUAAUUAUAAAAAUAGUCAAUGAAGUUUCUGCUAACAGACUAAACUCCAGGAAUUUAACAAAAAAUUUUACUUUACAGUUACUAAGUCCAUGCUUCCAUCACAUUAAGAAUAAUUGACAAGUGAAGAUGUUAGAUAUCUAAAACUCAUGCAAAAUAAUAAUCCUACCAAAGUCCUUCUUGAUCAAAUUAAUUAUCUGAUAAUUGGAUUUAUACAAAAUUAAAGAUUCAUUGGUAUUUUUAUUAAUUGUUUAGUUUAUAUGUUACAAUUUUACAUUUUGCUGUGUAAUUAUCUUCAAUAGGUGGUCACACAAACUUUAUGCUUAUCAUUGGGUGGUGGGCGGUCAAGGCGAGUUUAUGGGCUCAAGGGGAGGAUGUUCAGAAAAAAUUUGAGAAACACUGCUCUAGUUGAAUCUCCUAGUGAAACUAUGGUUCCUCUUACAGUUUCAUACAUUGUUUCAUGUGUGUUCAUUGAUCUAAUUGAAUGUGUUUGCAGUGCACCUAUUCCACUUGAAUUUUGAUUUCAUUCAGUCAUUUGAAAUUUGACAAGAUAACAUUCCAUGGAAUUGCCCUCAUUCUGUCAAAGCAGUCUCAUGUUACUUUGCCUAUAUAAUGGGUAGACGGUUGACAAUAACUUAAAAGUAAAUAAUAUCUCAAUCCUAAAUGUAUCUCUUUUUUUUAGCCUCUACUGCAAUGACACAAAAUAAACAUGAUGACUUAGAAGCAAGAAAAAUGUUUAUACAACCAACUGAUUCUGAAGAUGAAACUGUUUCAAAUGAACUUGAACUGGUAGAGAAUAAAGAAAUAAAGAAGGUCACAACCGCCCAAAAUCUGGAAGACUUCAUGAAAAAGCUGAGUUUAUCCCACGAUGAUUUGGAAAAAAGUUCAAUGAUAUUAAAAGAAAACAAGCCACUGUUUAAACAUUUGAAGUGUGCUGUUGCUGCUGUUCUAGGCCUGAAAGAUACGGAAGCUCAAGCCUGCAUGAACAGUCUUCUGAAUUUAGACAGUGUUUUUUUCAAACUGAGCAUUAAGGAGCGAUCUCAAUUUGGAGACUUUAUGUCCUUUAUUGGUUUUUGCAAAGAGAGUUUUAUCAGAUAUAAAAAUAUUUUAAACUCAAAUGGUUUUGAGUACAUUGAUGAUCAAAUCUUUGGAGGAGAGACAAGUGUUGAAGGUUCUGAUCGACAAAUUCUGUACAGUAUUCGCACUUGCUGGUGGAAUUUUUCAGAUAGUAGUAACAAUUUUGGGGUUAGACUAGCUGAAGAGGGUAUUAUUCAAGAAUCAACUCAAGAUCUUUCCAAAUUGAUUGGUGCAGAUGGCAAAGAUCUAGUGAGUAAGACUGAUAUUAUUGCAAAUAUUUAUUCUGUAGAUAAACAAGAACACACUUUUUAAAUAUGUAGUUCUAAAUUAAAUGUUAAAUAUUAUGACAAAGAACUACAUCUUACAAUGAGAAUAUUUUCUUGACAAAAAUUUUAGUGUUUUGUCUGCUGUCAACGUUUUAACUUUUAAUUUUAGCCUGAAUCAGCACAAACAUAACACUUAUAGGCACAGAAUAGUCUUGAGAAUAAAUAGACAGAGAAACCAGAAAGCCUUUUAAAGUAUUCGAGUACCAGUCAUAAGAGUGUUGGACAGCGAUAAACCUGUAAAGUAGAUUGAUUAGACACAAACAAUAUGUGUAAAUAAAACAAUAUAUGUUCAGCUUUAAUUAUGAUUUUAAAAAUUACAAAUUUAGAUGUUUCUGCAAAUGCCUUCAUCUGUACAAAAAAACAACAUUUAACUAAGUAUAAAUUAAAUUUACAUAAUAUAUAUAAAUUAAAAUAAGAAAAAAAGCACCAGUCACCAGUUGAUUGUGCACCUGAUUAUAAUAAUUACAUACAGUGACUGUGCUGCAGUUCAUCCAUAAAUAUUGUGUAUCAUUUUGUCUGGAAUGUGGAUGAAUUUUAUUUGUGAUUUAACAAACCUGAGUCAUUGCAUUUUCCGAGACACAUGCUUUACCCUUAUCUUAAAAUAAAACAGAUUAUUCAUCUCUGCCCACUACAAACUAACUGACACCCAUAGUUAUUUAUGGUAUUCAUUCUCCCACCCAAAAGCGUGCAAAGAUUCCAUACCUUUUUUCCCAAUUUCUUAGACUACAUCACCUUUACCUGUCAGAUGAAGAAUUUUUAGAAAGGGCAAAUAAAAUGAUGGACUUCUUCCAUUCUGAGAGUACCCCUAGUUUCAGCACUCAAAAAUGUUAGAACAAUCACACAUUAUCUGGCUUUAUUUAAACAAAAAUUAGGGUCAAACAUAGCUCAUCCUUACCUACCACCCUCACAAUGUGAUGCCCCAAAAAAAUAUUCACAGAGAACUAUCAUAUUCUCUUCGCUGAUUCUGAAACCAACAGGGUAUUCUCAUCCCCUUCAAUUAUCAUUUUCUGAUGGGAUAAAAAUCUAUGUGAUCUUCUGGUUCACAUUUGCCUUUGAGCUGACCCUUCUCAGGUUUGGAUUAAACUAUGUUCAAGAAGUCAUUGUAGGCUUUGCCCCUAUGUACUGGAAACCGAACACAUUGGCCUUCCUAAGGGGUCCUUUCCCACCAAAGAGUGCCUCGUUUGUAUUAGUUGAAAUGUGAUCUAUGUGAUUGUUUGCAGAAUAUGGUUUUCCUUUUAUAUAGGUGAGAUGGGAAGAAGGCUAUCUAAUAGGUUCAGUGAACAUCUUCGAGAUACUGAACAAAGUAAACCAUCCCCAGUCUCAUCCCAUUUCAAUGGAGGUGAACACAGGGGAACAUCUGAUGUAUCCAUCAAGUCUCUAAUUUUUUGCACUAAUACACCAGCAAGGGUGAAGAAUAAAAACAAAUUAAUUCACACUUUCGAAACCAUAUCACCAUAUGAAAUCAAUCAAAUACUCUCUAACUAGUGGUCCUCAAUUUCUCUCCUUUUCUAUUCUAAAUUUUUGUAAUUUAAAAUAUUAAUUUUACAAAAGGGUUUUGAGUUUUGUGCAGUUUUUUUAAAUUUUCUAUUAGCUCUUCUAAUAUUUAUUUAUAUAUUCUUAGAAAAAUUCAUUUACUUUUGAGUCAUCCUUUGGGGUGCUACACAAUGUUGCUAGGAAUGACAAUCUCCGGCAGCUCUUCAGAGACAAUAAAGUUGUGGAUGUCGCAGCAAAGUUUCUCUGUUAUGAUGACCUACCAAGUGAGUUUACACAUAUUUCAUAACUAAAUUUUUUUAUAUUUAAAUUUAAUGACAAUAGUACAGUCAUAAUAAGUCCUUUCACUGAAUCUGUAAGUUGUAACUAUAAAUUCAAUUAAACUGAAAAAGUCAAAGUUAAAUUAUUGGUGGCUGUCGCAUACAUGUAUUGAACUUUCAGAACUUAUAUCACAGUAAUGGUAAUAAGAGGGUGAGACUGCAAUCACUUUAGGUUGAGGGAAAUAAGCGAAACAAAGCAGGGGAAAACCUGAAAAAAAGGAUGCAAAAAUAAACAACAAAGAAUGGUUCUUCAGUGAACAAACAUCAGUGAAAAUAUUAUAAAAUUAUAAAUAAACACUUAGCUGCAAUAUAGCAUCAGAGAGGCCAGCAAGAAGAAUGUGAUAGAACGUAAGUGGGUAAGAGAGUUAAUAUAGAGUUAAUAUGGGCAAAAGGUGAUUAAAGAGAGAAAACACAAGUACAGUUCAAUUGGUUGUAACAAGGAGGGUGAGGAGCAAAAUCUUUAACAAGUGCAAGUUUCAAAAGUCUGAAUUGGUUUGUUCUCUAAAUUUCACCCUGGUGGCCGUGCUGGUAGAAGACACAAUAUCACAUACUUCGCUUGGUUCUCUUUCCGAUAUCACAGGAAGAAAUGAAAAUUAAAUUUGUUAUAAAUUUUUUUUUAAUUUUAUAUUUUGAAAUUUGAUUUCAGAUGGAUUGUGCAGUUAAAUGCCUUUUUAGAUGAAAUAUUUAGAUUUAUUGAAAUUUUACUAGUUAUUAUAAUUCAAGACUUCACUUAUGUUUUUGGAUCUAUUAAUUUCAGAUUGUCACAUAUUGGAGAAAUCUUUAAAAAAAAUAUAUACUCUCCUUGUGAGUCACAAAAAUAGAGCAGCAUUUUAUUUGUAACACUGAAAUCCAUUGUUUUAUUGCAAUUAACUAUUUUGCACUUUUCUUUCCUUGACCUUAGAAGUGACAAUGUUAGCUUUAAUGACCCUGGCUUUAAUCAUUGAUGAGAACCAAACCGAUUUAAUGAUGUCACAUGAGUCAGCUUUUGAUCUCAUUUUACUCACCAUUAACUCUGCCUGGGAAAAAAAGGACCAUCGCCACGAUGGAUUUAGGUAACCCUUUCUAGGUGCACUUUUACAUUUCUCUCUAGUCUAGCUGUCUCUAAAUAAACAUUAAAUUAUAUAUUAAUGUUCAUAAUGGUAAAAUAUAUAUUAAAGUUUUUACUUGUCUUUACCUUUAUAUAAUUUUUGGUUUAUAUCAUUUAUACUUAUUUAAAAUGACUUAUUUAAAAUUAUUUAUGAUGGAUUGCCUAUUAGCAAAUGUCUAAAAACAGAAACAAAACUGUAAAACAAUGUAUUAGUUACUCAUCAAAGAACGCAAUGUAAGAAUAAUUUAAAGUUGUUUUUAUUUUUAGUGUUCAAGAACUUUUAGUGUCAUUGAGCAAGCUGAGCAGAAAUGAUAAAGUGAAAAGAAUGUUGGUGGAGAAAAAUGUUUUGAAUCUUGUAAUAGCUGUACUGUCUGAUGGUAACCCAGAAGAGAUUGAAUGGGCAGCUAAACUUCUUUGGGAAUUAUCAUUUGAUGCUUUAAACAAAACUAAGAUACAGGUAAAUGUAUUAGUGAAAUAAUUCAAGAUCAUGAUAGCUUCCCUUACCUUAAUUACUUUAACAAAAUUAUUUUUGGCUUGUAUCUUUAGAUUUGAAUGAAGGAAUAUUGCUCAAUCAUGGUCUUAGAAUACAUUCAGGCACCAUCAUUUAAACUGAAUUUUGACUAAGUUUUUGUGUACCAAUUUGAAUUCCAUAAAUUUAUUUGCAGCUAUGACAGUCAUAGGUUAAUUUCUAUGACUGUCAUAAAUCUUACAAAUGCAAUAUUCAUUUUUGAGAAACCUCUUAUAACCUUACAGCCAGCUUUAUACAAAAUAAGAUAUAAAAAUUGAGGUGAAAGUGUCCUCAUAUUUUAAAAAACUGUACGACCUGGGACAAGUUCUAGAUCUGCCCAUGUCAGUCCCCUCACUAGAUAUGUAACAUGGAUUACCUCCCAUAAAUCAUUUAUUGUUCUAUUGUAAAUUAACCACUUAGCUUAGACAGUGCAGUUUUCAAUUGGAUAAGAAAAAAGAAUAUGGACAUAUUUAAAAUAUGUACAUAUUGGUUGGAUAGGGACAAAAAGAAAAGAUGCAGAUAUCAAAGUUAACUUUGAUACUCAUACAACUGAACAGAGAGGUAAUCAACAUAAUGAAGGAUGUGAAUUAGUGUCAUAAAUAUAUUCUUCAUACAGGAAAAUGAAGCUCUUAUGAAGCUAGUCAGUGAUUUGUCAAAACAUUUGAACAAUGCUAUUGCUAAAGCUGCACAGGGAGUUCUCUUGGUGACAGGGAUGGAUAAAAACAAAUCAGAAAGUGAGAGAAAAUGCUUCAUAUAUCAAACAAAUGUUUCAUCAUCCAAAUUAUGCCAGUUGCAAAUUUCUUUGCAAAUUGUGUUUAAUUUUUAAAAAUUCUCCAAUUCACAAUGUUAAUGAAGCAACUUAUACAUAAUUUUUAUCAGGAACAACAUUUUCAAGAUACCAAAGGUUAAAAAAACAUCUAUUCUUUUUAAAAUAAAAGUAUAAAAAUAGUAAAUACAAUUAAAUUAAGAAAAUGAUAUUUAUUAUGAUUUCAAAAGUUAUUAAGUUACCCAGUAACAAAUUUAUUUGUGAAAAUGUUUAAGACUUUUUCAGUAUUUUUUUUUUAAAUUUUUCAGUUAAGUUAAAGAAGAGUUCAGAUAAAAAAAUUGCCAAGACCGGAGGACACAUCAUGAUUAGCUACAAUUGGGGGAGUAAACAAAAAAUGAUUAUGGUGAGAUAACUGAAUUAAAUGUAUAUUAGUUUAAUAAAAUAAAUAAUUUUAUCAUAAUUAUAUCCUUAUGCUCCGUUCCUCAAUGUAAUCUUGAAAAUAUUUGAGUUCAAAUUUCUGUUCCUAUUUUAUAUUCCUCCAUGGUUAAUGUGAUGAUCUAUUUUGGCUUUAAAUUGAUUAAUUAAUUAUUCUUAGUCAUAAAUGAUAUAAUCAUAGGACACAUUGAUUUAUUAGGACAUUACUUUAGUCUAGCAGAGAGAACAAAUACCUUGAAAAGUUUUUUUUUUAAUAUUUUACUUUUAACACACAAAUGCUUGUACAUGCGUAAAUUGGGACAGAUUCGAAAUGUUCUUCAAGAGCGUGGCUACAAGACUUGGAUGGACAUUGAUUUUAUGGCUGGCUCAUCACUUCAAGCCAUGGCAGAGGCUGUUGAGCUUGCAGAAGUGAUUCUCAUCUGCAUGUCUGAACAAUACAAGGAGAGUAGUAACUGUAGAUCUGGUGAGUCAUGUUUCCCAGCUUAACAUACAGCAAGUUUGUAUCUAACAGGGAUGGCCAACCCAAAAAAGCUUCACAGGCAUUUUCGGGCCUCAUGUAAUUACAAUCAAUGUUUAAAUAUUAAAAUUAAAACCCACUAAAUGCUAUAUAGAACUAUUUAUCCAUUAUUAAUGCACAUUAUGAAAUGAAUAUCAAAAUAAAAAAAAUAAAUUAGUGGGAUUUAUGUUUAUCUUUUCUGUCACUUAACUUUUUAAAAUCAAUUUCUUUGUAAAAUGAUUGACGAACUAAUAAGUUUAUUGCAGGCCGCUAAAUUGACCAAUGGGGGCCACGAGUUGGCCACGAGUUGGCCACUCCUAAUCCAGAGUGUCAUAUGUCCAGUUUUAUUGUUUUAUAUUAAAUAUCAUUGAACAUAAUAAUAAUAAAUAAAAUAUUUGUUUUAAACAACAUUGAUGUUACUAAUACUAUUUUCAAGGUUUAUCAUAGUAGAUUAGUGCAUAUAUGCCAAAUGAUGUGAUUUACCCAUACUUUUUAAUUAUUAUGUUUUGUAAUUGAUCCAAUAUUCUCUAUGUAAUUUACUUAAAUUAUUUGAAUACAUUUAUUUGAUAUGUAAAUAUGGCUGUAGGCCCAUGAUAAAGUGUCUGGAAAGUAUUUUUUAAAUUUGUUUUUUCCAUUGUAUUAAUCAAUAGAUUAUGCACUAAAUGGAUCUUAUUUAAUAAAAUUUUGAUAGAAAGAUUUUUUCAAUCAUUCCAGAAGCAGAGUAUGCAUUCUUCCUUAAGAAGCCAAUGAUUCCUCUGAUUAUGCAAGAAAAGUACAAACCUGAUGGAUGGCUUGGUAUUUUAUUGGGUUCAAAAAUUUUCUAUGACUUUUCUGGUAAACAUCUCUGGUGCUAAUAUUACUAAAAUAAAUAAAAUUUAAUAUUUGAAGAGUCGAUUUUCAAAAUGCUGUAUAUCCAUUUUUGGCAUUUUGAGAUAAUCGACUUUUUCUGCUAUACAAUGAUGGCUCAAAUUUUUGGAAAAUUAAAUGUUUAAUUAGGUAUAUAUUCAAAAUAUAAGUUAGAUUAUGAUGAAAAUUAAAAUGUAGGUUAAUAAAAAUGUAUUUAUUUACUUGGUUGAAUUUCUUAUUUCGUUUCUAAAUGCUGUGUAUCUUAGCGACAAAAUGCUGUAUAUCCAUUUUGAUAGCAUAGCAUUAUUCCCAGUAGCAAAUAAUUCAAGUUGUUUACAGAUUACAAACCACUUACAUAACAAAAUAAAUUAAAUUGUAUCAUUUACAUUAUAUAAUUGUGAAUGAUUAAUGUUUUUUAUUGAUAUAUUUUAACAGAAUAGUAUUAUAAAUGCUGGAAAGUCGCUUGUAAAAUGUAAUGUUUAGAGUGCUAUAAGUUAGCAUAAUUUGUUUUUAUAAAUCUGAAUUCUAAACAAAAUUAAACAAGAUAAUGUUAACUACACAAGUCAUUUUAUUUGAAUUUAGAACAACGACAAAAUAGAAAAUAAUGAAGUGUCUGAUUCAGAGUGUGCAUCAUCUUCAAUAGCAGUUUUGUUUUGUUCCAGGAAAAGUUGAUGUUUCUUAUUUACAUUCAAAUCAGAGUGCAAAUAUUUCUGUCCUUGAGCACCAUUUUCUUCUGUCAUGGCUGGAUCUGCAUGUAAAAGAUUGAAUGUGUAAUAAAUAACACAGCUAACUCUGUAAAGCAACUUUUUAUUUUCAUUUCCUUAACACUUCUGAUGUGUAGUAACCAUAACCAGAAUAAUAAUAAUGUAAAAUGAAAUUUAAUGGUUUUUUAAUAACGUUACCGGUAACUCACCUUGCAGAACCAUUUAUCGUGAUUACACGUAACCGAGGGGAUCUUUCCUCCGCUUGAAUGACGAAAUGAUUUGUCUUUUUCUCGUGUUGAGCUUUUUUUCUUUCUUUUUCGAGAUUUUAUAGUUCAAACAACUUUUUCAUCAAGGCCGUCGUUAUGCACCGUGUUUGUUGUUGUUUCGCGUCGUGAUGUUUAGUGCGCAUGAGCAGAAUGCCGCAGAAUAGCUUGUCAAUCACACUGAUUGGUCCGAAAAUAUAUAUCACACUCUCUCCCUCUGCCAGAAACCUUGGAGUCACGCUUACGGACACCCUCUCCAUGGACAAAAAUGUCACGAAUAUAUGCAGAUCAGCAUAUAACGAAAUUAGAAAAAUCAGCACCAUUAGACACCUCCUCUCCUUUGAUGCCACAAAAACUCUAGUCUCUUCACUCAUUCUUUCAAAAUUUGACUACUGUAACAUUCUUCUCUCAGGCAUUCCUCAACACCACAUAGAAAAACUUCAGAAGGCACAGAACUCAGCAUGCAGACUCAUUUUUAAAUCAAAGAAACAUGACCACAUUCAACCACACAUGCGGCAACUCCACUGGCUUCCAAUAUCCUCUCGCAUCAAAUACUAGUCUGCUAAUCUUUGCUUCAACUCGUUCACUGACCCUCACUUUCCUGUCUAUCUCUCUGAACUGUUGCUUCCUUACAUCCCCACAAGACAACUACGUUCUUCCAUUGACAGUAGAACCCUCUCAAUCCCAAGAACUAAAACUAAGACCAUCGGUGAACGCUCCUUCUGCUUCCAUGGGCCCACGUUCUGGAACCAGCUCCCCUUCCAUAUACGUCAUAGUGAAACCUCGUCCAUUUUCAAAAAGUCCCUUAAAACUCAUCUGUUUAGGUCCGCCUAUGACCUGUGAUGCACCCUCCUUGCCCUACCUAAUUUUCUGUUUCGGUUUAAUCCUGAAGUGUCAAAGUGUCCUCUUUUUAUAGCCAUUUUCAUUGUUUCUAUAGAAUAGUAGUUACUAUCCUAGUGUCUCAUUUGUAUUUACUUAGUUUACAUGUUUUAAUAAUUGUAAAGCGCUUAGAGCUUUAUGAUAAGCGCUAUAUAAAAAUGCCUAAAUAAAUAAAUAAAUAUAUAGCAUUUUGAUAAUAAAAAAAAAAAUACACACCGCGUUUUGAAAAUAAAAUCAUUUUUAUAUAUAGAAUAAUAUACUACUAAAAUUUGUUUUGUAGGUAAAUUUUAACACGUCCUAAAGGAACCUGGUUUGCUCUACAAGAAUGUACAGAUAUCUCAUUUUUUUCAAAAUUGCGGAUACUGCGUUUUGAAAAUCGACUCUUCAUUUGUUUUUUUAAUUAAAAAAACUCUUCAAUAUUUAACAUUAGCUGAAAAUCUGUAUCAAUUUUUUUUAAAUCUUUAUUUGUAGAUAAUGAAUGUUAUUAUUUAGAAAAAGAUGAAUUGGAAAGAGAAUGAAGUAGCUCACUCUGUGUACUUCUACAGGAGCUGAAAUUAUCUCUUUGCAAGAGAGAGAGUAUUUUUUAAGAUUUCUCAUUAAAAGCAUGUUCUUUGUUUAAGGAAAAUAUUCAUUCGAUGAUAAAAUUGAGGAUCUGAUACGAGAGAUAGGAGACAGAGGGACAAAAACAGAUAAUUGUGUAAGUAGUAUAUCUUGCUUAUUUUGAAUUUACCUUUUUGAAUAAUUGUUGAUAAAAAAGUAUUCUUAUAAAUUAUUUCUUCAGGAAUUAUUCAAAUGUUGGCCCUGAAAAUGAAAUUACUUUUAAGAACAAUAAUAGCUAGCACAAAUAAAAGGUAAAACAAAUUAUCAAGAAAAGUCUCUUUGCACUCAAAUUGUUCAACCAUGACAACCAUGAACAAUGCUAAGUUCAAUAUGUAAAAAAAAAAUUUGCAUUAUACAAAAAUAAAAAUAUUAAAUGUGCAGAUUAUAAAUAAAUAUUUACCAAUUAAGAGGUAGCAGAAAUAAUCAGACAAUAUACAUAUUUAUUAUGGGAAAAAUGUUUUCUUUAUAUGUAUUUACUAUUUUAGGAUGAAUGUGAUUCAGCUGUUGUAUCUUUAGUUGCACCUCUGGCAGGUAAACCACCAACAUCGAAACCAACUGCAGUUUUAAAUACAAAGAUCUGGAUGGAAGAAAAUAAUCUUUCUCAGUGAGUUAUGUUUAUAUAUAAAUAUGCAUAAUGAGAAAAAAGUACAAGUAAGCUACUUUAAUAUUAUAUUUCUCCUUUUACACCAAACAGCCAUGAAGAUACAUUCUGAUAUAUCUACCUUGUCAUCUACCAUGUACCUCACGCACAUUUUAUAACCAGUUAUUGCACCAGCCCCAUAUCUUUUAUGUUAAAAGUCAUCACAGACAUUGAAUACAAAUAUUGAUUUCUUUUCAGAAUAAGCUGUCUAUCUAAGCUUUCCAGUGAGCACCUGUUAUAUUUGAGAAAAUUAUCUGUUCAUGUAAGUAUUAGUAUUACAGUAUUUUAGAGUAAAAUGAUCUUUGUAUUCAGUGUUUACUGAACUCCAGGGAACUUAGAUAUUAUCUUGUUAUUUUUCACAUGAAUCACAUUAAAAUCAUUUUUAUAGAAAACAGAUUUCAUUUGUUGAAACAGUCUUUACUUUUCUUCAAUUGGAUAUUAGAAUUACUAAAGCUACAACAGAAGAACUUAAUUAUACUAUUACAUUGCAAUAGUUUAUAAUGCUUAAUAUCAGCAGACUGCUGUUGGUAAAGGCACCUUUUCAGUGGGUUAUCUUCACUGGCACCUUCUUGUGAAGGUUUCCUCAGAGCUGUUGACCACAUAGAUGCUAAUAGUGCUUAAUUCUGGGCAGUUAUUAUUAUUAUUAUUAUAGUUGUCUUAUAUAAGGCGGUACCCCAGCCAAGGGCAAGGCUCACCACGCCUCACAUAAAAAUGAGCAAAAAGAAACAUGACAUUAAAAAACAGUUUCAUAAAAUUAUUCAUUUAAAAACAGCUUUGUUAAAAUAUUGACCUCGCCCACCCAAGUAUUAUUUACCCCUGUCUAGCCAUGGACAGCACUCAGCAUCGAGCAUUGUUUAUCAGCCAGAGGGGGGUGAAAAUACGUUGGAAUAGUAGAGUUUGAAGAGAUGGGUCCUGAGUGCAGUUUUGAAGGCUUGGUCAAUCCUGGCCCCUACAUUAAAUACCACUCACAAAAACUAGCUAGUGAUAGGGAGGAAAAGGCUACAAAGGAGACCCACCCUCAACGGGGUGUUGCAUUUUUCAUCAUCAAUAACACCUUUGUUAUCUACAAUCCUUUAACAUGAUCUUUCAUGUACCCUAAACCCUGCUCUGUGCCUCUUUACUCUUCAUAUCCAGUCCACUGGUUGUCUUGUAAAUUUCAAAUGACUGCUUAAAUCUCUUCCGAUGCACAGCAACAUUUCCAUUUAAUUCUAGCUGUUGUGGCGGGUGGAGUCAGUCCAUCUGACACCAUGUAAUAGUAUAAUAAGAUACCAGCUCAAGUCUAUGGUCUGUGUAACAACUAAUCUUUAUGCUUCAUUAUACAUUAUUUUUAUACCCUAACUCACAUGAUAACUCACUCCAGUUCUCCAAUCAAUAUUCACACAUUUAACUUUAAACAUUCAUGAAAACAACUCACAACAUCCAGUCAUACAACAUGACAACAACUCAGGACUAUUAGGUCAAAAUGUUCAAUCAAUAUACCCAGUAGACAACAACAUCCAUCCCUGUGGUGCUACAGCCCAUGUAGGGCUUUGGCCUGCCUCACCACUUCCUUCCACUCAGACAUAACUAAUGCCUUUAUUUUUCAUGCUUGGACUUUCAGCUGCUGUAGAUCUUUUUCCACAUCAUCUAUCCACCUAAGCCUAGGUCUGCCAGUACACAACAACAAUCGCAAUUCAUACAUACUGUCACAAUUACCAUCAACAUGGCCAAAAAUGUAUGACAACUUUGACCUAGAUUUAAUUCGGCCACAGCCGGUUUUUCAAUCUGGUAGCUAAUCAGUUAAUACUUGUAAAUACAUUGUAAUAAUAUUUAUACCAAACACCUGAAUGGAGUGAAUAAUUCUAUUUUAUAUAUACUUUUUUAAAGGCUUUCAUUUAUUUGUGUCCAUUACACUUUAACUUUUUGGAAAUGAUACUACUCAUUUUCUUAACCAAAAAUACUGUUUGCUUAUUUUUUUUAAAAGAUGGCUUUAUAUCAAAUUUUACUUUAAUACAGUUCCUUUUUAUAAGUUGUGAAACUUAACAAUAAAUUGUUUAUUUGUAUAUUCAUAACACUUCUGUUUUUCAGGUGGGUUUUUGUUUGCAGGUUCAGCUUUUAAAAACAUGCCACAUAGUUCACAAAUAUUUUCCUUUUUUUCUUUCCAGGCUCCAGAAUUUUACCAUGUAUUCCUUAAAGACUUUUUAUCUGGAAAGGAAUCUAUUGAGCGUCUUAAUUCCAUUAUGAUGGUUUCAGGAGCCAUUGAAAAAUUACCUAGAUAAACAAUUUUAACUGAAACUAAUACAAUUGUUUCAUUACUUUGAGGAAAUUUUUUUUACACCCGGUACUGGUAAUGCUCAAAAUGCUCAACCAUUUUUUAUGUAGCACUAUUUUGCAGACCUGUUAUUCUUGUUCAUUUUGCAAAUUUAUUAAGUGUGACUUAUUUAGUGACUGUUGAUAAUUACUGGUCAAAUGAUCAUAUGUACCACACAAUGAUAUAAAGAAUAUGUUUCUUAAAUUUUAUCUGAAAAUAGAUAAUAGCAAGCUCAAAUGUACAUUAUUUUUUGUAGUUUUUACAAAUUUUUAUUUACAAUAUUUUACUUUUUAAAUUAUAAUCCUUCCUUUUUUGGGGCCUUUCAAUUUUCUUCAAUCUUUUUACUAUAAUUCUACACAGUGCAAGAAUAUAACAGAUUUUCAUUAAUCGACAUUUUUUCCUAUAGUCAAUUCUGUAGGAACCGUUUUAUAUAAUGCUGUCUUUUAUUUUAAGAUUUUAAUUGUCUUUAAUCUUAGUUAUAAUAAGAAUAAUUGUAAGAUUAUUUUUUUAAUCAUUUAUUUCUGUUAUUUCUUAUUUGUUUUAUUUAAUAAAGUGAUCUUUUAAUUUUAAUAUUUUUUAGACUGGGAAUGUAUGGAGUUUAAAAUCUGAUCCAUAAAUUGUAAUUUAAACUUUAAAAACAUUUUUUUAAUAACUUCUUUCUUAUUACCCUUUGAAUGCAUUACUUGAAUAUUUACCAAGAGCUUUUGACCUUUUAGUUUUAGGUAGGCUUAAUUGUCAAUCCUCGAAAUAUAUGGUAUUCACAUCCCCAAUAUACCAACCACCUAGGCCUUCAAGACUGCACUCAAAACACAUCUCUUUAAAUUCUAAUACCCUGACUGAUUCCCCACUCUGACUGAUAAAGGAUACUGCUGGCUGCCGUCCAUGGUUUGCCAUGUAAAAGUUCUGGGUAGGGUGGGGUGAAUAUACAUUUAUUUUUGUGUUGUUAAACAGCUGUUCUUUAUUGCAUAAAUGUAAUUUAUUUUAAUGUCACGAUUAUGUCUCUUUUCCUAAUAUUUUUAUGUAAAGUGCGGUGAGCCCAGCCCUGGGCUGGGGUACCGCGCUAUAUAAGACCACUAAUAAUAAUAAUAAUAAUAUUCAAUUUCUCAACCCCUUUUUCUUCACCUCUUCAAACCUGUAUCUUAUUUCUAAAUACCUUUACUGCUGUUCUGAUAUUCUGUUAAUGCCAUGUUGAUUUAUACAUUUCUAAAACUGCCUCUGUGAUAUUGGUACUUUAGUGUAUUGCUUUGCAGGUGAUACUUGACAGUUUUUGCACUUUUUUAGCAUAAAAAGUAUAUGAUAUUAAUAAUUUAUUUUAUUCAGAUAAAAAUCUAUGUGCUGAGAAUUAUAAUUAAAUUGUAAAUAUAUUUUUAUUUAUUAAAUUAAAUGAUGCAAUAAUAUAUUAAAUGUUGUAAUUGCAGCAUAGGUAACACAUAAAUUAAUGCAGAAUACGUUCAAUAGAAUGAGGAACCCUUUAAAGCUAAGAAAGAGUUUCUUUAUUUGGUGCUUUAAUUGUUGAUCCAUAUUUUUAUUAUUAGUUACAUUUUAGAAUAAUAAAGUUGUGGUUUGGUACAUAGAAUAUUUAAAAAACAAUCAAAUCAGAAUUAUUCAGAUCAAUACCUCAAUGAGUUUGGGCUGAAGUCCCUUCUUGAAGUAUUGCUUUUUUGUGCCAUUGAUUUUUCCCCAUUCCAUAUGUAAUAUGUAUCACAAUUGAUUGCCAUAUUGGAUCAGAAUCAAUUUUUUCCUAAUUGUUUUGUGCUAAAAUUAUCUCAUAAUAUAAAAGAAGAUUAAUGAUUAUUUUAUACCCUCUUGAAAUAUUAUUACUUCCAUUAAUGUUAAAAGAUUGAGAAGCUUUGACGCAAUAAUAAACCUACAAAAUAAUAUACUGAAAAUAAAGACCUUUCAAAUUUCUUCAUGUUUCUAUAAUUCAAAUUUUCGCCUCCCACAACCAUUAUCAUAUGUUUAAAUUUAUCCACAACAGUAUAAUCAAAAUUCGUUUUUUCUUAACAGUAGCAGACUAGUGAAAAAGCAUUCCUCACAGGCUAAAAUUUUUUUUAAAUAUUAGAAAGCAAGUCUUUUUUUAAUCAGAGAAUUAUAUAUUAUAUUUGUUUCUUAAACACAUGAUUUAAGCUAAAACAAUGCUUUAAUAGAUUCUAUGAAUUCUGUUAGAUAUCAAUAUGACCAUCUGGACAGGAGUAGUAAAAAAAUUCUGUUUCUCAUGUGGAAUAAGGUAACCAGGAUCCCUUUUCAGUUAAAUCUCUUUAUUUGUCUUUAUUAUUUUUAUGUUCCACAGUUGCAAGGAUCCUUGCAAUUGUAAGAAAGGGGUGUUAAAACCAAUCUCUGAAAUUAAGCUAUUUGCUGGUUCAGAUGUUGAAUGUGAUAAUGUGAUUUUACAAUCAAAUUUAACUGUGAUGAAUUAAUGAAGAUAAAAUAUUGGCUGCAAGAGCUGUAGAUAAUGGAUGUACAGGAUGGACUUAAACAUUGUAUGCGUUGUUUGCAUGACAAGUUUUAUGAACAAUGUUGUAGUGUGUUGUCAGUCUACUAAAAAAUAUUUUUAAAACUAUAAAAGCAUUUUCAUGCAGCUGAAACAAAUUAAUCAACAUGAUUAGACAUCAAUUUUAAACUGAAGAAACAGAAAUAAAAAUUAUGCACAAUCACUUUUAAAUUACAAUUCGUCACCUUUUUUCUCUUAAGUGAAGCAAAUGAACAUGCUUGUAUCGAGCAUUUUAUGUGGGCAAUAUAUCACACUU